AAUAUAUGAGGAAGAAAACAGUCUCUUAAUAUCCAUCCACUCGGAAAAUUAUUUGCGGUGCCAGAUUUGCGGAAGACACCUAAGAAGAUACGCCAGUGUGUCGUCGGUUCUGGUUUGGACUAUUCUGGGAUGUAAAUUUCUAUUCCCCGGUACUCCAGAGAUCACCGUGGCAACAAUCGUUAUGGAGCAGAUUGGCCGACUCUUCAUUAAUCUGCAGCAGUUGAGGCGAGUUCCCCAGAUGCUCUCCGAGGCCCUGCCUUCCAAGACCGACACCCUGUGCGACACGGAGGUGCCACAGUUCUUCCGCGAGCGCUUCGUUCACUCCGGCUACAGGGCGCUCCACCAGAACUGGCGCUUCUACUUCCGGUCGCUCUUACAGCGGCACAACGAGACUGUAAAUGUUUGGACGCACCUAGUCGGAGCGCUAGCGGUCCUCGUAAAAACCGUCCAGUUAUCGGAGACCGUAGAUUUCGUGAACGAUCCUCAUUCCUGGCCACUUCUCAUCCUUCUCUUGUCGUCAACAGUCUACAUGAGCUUUAGCGCCGUGGCCCACCUGUUGGCCGGAAAAUCAGAACUCUGCCAUUAUGCCUUCUUUUACCUGGAUUACGUUGGUGUGUCGCUGUAUCAGUAUGGAAGCGCGGUGGCGCACUACUACUACGCUAUCGAGGAAAGCUGGCAUGCGUGUGUCCGAGGAGUUUUCAUGCCUAUUGCCAGCAUCUUGUGUUGCCUGUCUUGCUUCGGCUGCUGUUACGGGAAGUAUCGCAAUUACAGCCUUCCUCCGUGGGUUCGUAAAAUAGGCCAAGUGGUGCCUUCGGCCGUAGCCUACAGUUGGGACACCAGUCCCGUUUUCCAUCGUUUUAUUAUCACCUGCUCUACUUCGUGGUCCAGAUCCAGCCCUGCUUUGCUCUUUCACUUUGGCCAAGUGGCGUUCUUUCUUUCCAGUGCUUUUUUCUUCACUCAGCCUGUUCCAGAACGCUGGUUCCCAGGUCAGUGUGACUUCUUAGGUCAGGGUCAUCAAUUGUUUCAUGUACUGCUCGCUCUGUGCACAUUCUGCCAGAUCCACGCCUCAUUUUUGGACUACAUGAACCGCAGAGACUUCUAUGUGAAUCUCCAUGCUGACGGCGAGGCAGCGCUCUUCUUUUCCCUCUUUAUUCUAACAUUUGUCAUGUCUGCUCUAAUAGCCUUGUUUAUGUUGGAGAAAGUCAAAAGAUUGGUCGACGACAGGGGGAAGACUAAGUAAAGAAUAGGAAUGGUUAGGUUUACGUUACUGCAAUGAUGGAAACAAGGGCAUUUUCUGAUGACAUGGUUUAUGUAAGAAAGAACAUGUAGCUAUAAGCUAACUAUGGAAGCUUGUUUCCGCCACAGAAUGAAAAAUAAAAGUAAUUGUGAUCUUUUUUUCUCAGAAUUUACA